UUUAUUUCAUAACUAUCAUUAAAACGACACCUGCGUUUCUCUUCUCUUGCUCUUUUGAGAGGCAUGGCUGAGACUGAAAGCGAAGCGCAGCCGAUGGAACGACACGAGGAAAAGCGAAACGACGACUCGGUAGGAGGAGCGGACGAGUUGGAUGAUGACGAAGAAGAGGAAAAGGAAGGAGUGAGUCGAGUUAACGAGUCGGACGAGGCGGGAGCGGCGCCGUCGUGUGACGCCGAGUUAAAAGACUCGCGGCUGGAAAACCUAACGAAUGAUGAUCGUCGUGAGGGGUUGCGGGAGAAUUCUACUUCGGAACCAAAGGAAGUUGUUGAAUCUAAGGAUCAAGUUAAGAUAGCCCACCAGGAAAUGCCUAAUUUUGCUUUCCAGGAUGCAGAAUCUCCAAAACAAAAUCCGGUCCAUGAAUCUGUUUUGCCAGAACCAUCACCAAGUUCUCCGAAACAAAAUCUGGUCAAUGAAUCUGUUUUGCCAGAACUGUCACCAACUUCUCCGAAACAAAAUCUUCUCCAAUUAUCUGUUUUGCCAGAACCGUCACCAACAUCUCCGAAACAAAGUCAUUCAGAUCAGAAGGUUAAUAGCUCAUCCCUUGCAGAAGCAAACCAACAAAGCCCUUCUAAUCUUAAAGUGGUACCCUUUGUUCCCUAUGUGAAGACACCAGUGUCUGAUGGUUACAAUUGGCGGAAAUAUGGUCAAAAGCAAGUGAAGAGUCCUAAAGGUUCUCGAAGCUAUUACAAAUGCACAUUCUCCAAUUGUCAGGUUAAAAAGAUAGAAUGCUCUGAUCACACAGGCCAUAUAAUAGAGAUUGUUAAUAAAGGCAUACAUAGUCAUGAACCUCCACGGAAGAUUAACUUUACAAGGGAAAGUAAGGUUUUAUCAUCUGCUGUUCCUGUUUCAAUUAAUCCUGUCACAGCUGCUGUUCCUGUUUCAAUGAAUCUUAUAACAGAACAGCCUGUCAGAGUGCCUAAUGAUUCUGAUCCUUCUACAUCUUCUAAAGAAUCUUUACCAGAAACAACUGUAAAUCCUGAAAGAAAACAACAGUGUUCUAGUGGCUCUGACGGGAAUGGUGGCACGCAAAUGAAGGAAGAGCUUUUGAGUGAAGCUGAGCCAAAUAAAAGGAGGAAGAAAGGUGAUGCAGUUUGUUCUGGUUCUGUUGUGAAAACUGGGAAAAAACCUAAAUUUGUCGUGCAUGCAGCAGGUGAUGUAGGAAUCUAUGGCGAUGGAUACAAAUGGCGAAAAUACGGACAGAAAAUGGUGAAAGGAAAUUCUAAUCCCAGGAACUACUAUAGAUGCACUUCUGCCGGGUGUCCUGUCCGUAAGCAUAUCGAGACAGCUGUAGAUAAUACAAACGUCGUCGUUAUAACAUAUAAAGGCGUUCACGACCAUGACAUGCCUGUGCCAAAGAAGCGACAUGGCCCUUCAAGUGCUCCUCUUGUUGCUGCUGCUGCUCCUGCUUCUGUGAACAACUUGCAACUUACAGUAGCCGAUGAAGUGCAAAAGCAAGCUACAUCAACCAAGUGGUCAGUGGGUACAGGAGGUGAACUGACAGGUGAGGCUGUAGAACUUGGUGGUGAGAAGGCGAUGGAAUCGGCUAGAACGCUUCUGAGUAUCGGAUUCGAAAUCAAACCAUGCUGAACUUAAAGGUAACUUUUCUGGCGUCAACAUCAGGCAUGUCUUUAUAUAAAAUUAUUUGAAACGGCCAUUGGUCAGGUUUGAUUUGUCCUACUACUUUAUUGCUAUAGUUUCUGGUGAGGCUGUAUAUUUUCUGUUGUAUUCUCUCUCAAUCUGUUUGGAACAAGGUUAUAAUAGUGGAAACAACAUAGAUUUGGUUGGCAACCCAAUUCUC